UGCGUUCGUUUCGUAUAUAAUGGGGAAGGAUCCGACCGUCGACUUAGCGUUUGGCGAGUGCCAGCCGGCCACGUGAGGAAAGGAAAUGGAGAAGGGGACCAACUGAACUUCGUCCGGUCGGCGCGGUCGGCGGAUUCCUUUCGUUAGAAGAUAUCUCCUGUAUGAGGUUUCUUCGUUUCUUUCCUUGCUGUCUAAUCCUUACGCUAUCCUUUUUUCUUCCAAACUUUGAGAAAGGGAAGCCGAUAGAGGAGUUGCUCUGUGCCGUCGGAGGAUUUUUCACGUCGCGAUGAGUCUUGUCCUCUUCUUUGAUUGAUUUUCAGAAGCAUUAAAGUUAGAUUUGAUUACUGGUUGUGUGAUAAUUGGGAAAGGGCUCUUUGACGCUUAAUCAGUGUUUUGCUAGCUCAGCCGAAAUGGGCAAGCCUGCUGCAAAGAAGAAGAAAUCGUUGAGCGUCAAAUCUGCGGAUGACAAUUCGAAGAAAAAUAGGUCGACCGUGCACGGCCCAAAGGCGUUUGAUGAGGACACAGCGAUCUUUAUAGAUAUGGCUAAUGAUAUGAAGGAUGAAGGAAAUAAACUAUUUCAAAAAAGGGACUAUGAUGGUGCUUUGGUGAAGUAUGAGAAGGCCAUCAAGCUUCUUCCUAAGAAUCAUAUUGACGUUGCUUAUCUCCACAGCAAUUUAGCUGCUUGUUAUAUGCAGAUGGGGCCGGAGGAAUACCACAAAGCCAUCCAUGAAUGUAACUUGGCUCUCGAGGUGUCCCCCAAAUAUACCAAAGCACUGCUGAAGAGGGCUAGGUGCUUGGAAGCCUUGAACAGGUUGGAAUUGGCGUACAAAGAUGUUGACGCUGUAUUGAGUUUGGAGCCAAACAAUCUCACGGCUUUGGAGGUCUCUGACAAAAUUAAGAAAGCACUUGAAGUUAAAGGAAUUCAGUUGAACGAUAAGGAAGUUAUUUUAUCAACUGAGAUUAUACCGGUCAGAGAGAAGACAAAAAAGAAGAAAAACAACAAAACUGUAGAUAAGGUGGUUGUGGAGGAGAAGACCCUUUUGGAGAAGCCUGUUUCAGUGAAUCCUGUUGCAGAGAAGCCUACUGUUGUUAAGGAAGAACCCUUGAAGGCUGUCAAGUUAGUGUUUGGGGAGGAUAUAAGGUUUGCUCGGAUACCUGGCAAUUGUAGCUUAUCACAGUUGAGGGAGAUUGUCCGAAACAGGUUUCCAAGCUUAAAGGCAGUCCUCAUCAAAUAUAGGGACAAGGAAGGUGAUUUAGUCACCAUUACUACAUCUGAGGAGCUAAGGUGGGCAGAUGAGUCUGCUGAUCCACAGGGUUCACUUAGGCUUUAUGUCAGUGAAGUUAAACCAGAGCACGAGCCUUUGUUUGAUGAUGGAAAUAAAAACAGUGAAGUGCAAGUUUCUGAGAGAAACCUUAAUGGAGUUAACAGUAACGGGAGAUUAGGAAAUGCUGAGGAACAAAAAAAUUCCUUUUGCAUUAAUGAGUGGAUUGUGGAAUUCGCUCUGUUGUUUAAGAAUCAUGUUGGUGUAGAUUCCGAUGCAUAUUUGGAUCUUCAUCAGCUCGGAAUGAAGCUCUACUCUGAAGCAAUGGAGGAUACUGUUACGAGUGAAGAAGCCAUGGAAGUUUUUGAUGUUGCUUCAACAAAAUUUCAGGAGAUGGCAGCUCUGGCAUUGUUUAACUUGGGCAAUGUACAUAUGUCUCGAGCAAGGAAGAAAUUAUUCUUGACUGAAAAUGAUUCUAAAGAUGUCACGUUGACCAAAGUCAAAUCUGCAUAUGAAUGGGCCAAGGGAGAAUAUGAGAAAGCAGGAUCAAGUUAUGAAGAAGCUAUGAAGAUAAAACCAGACUUUUAUGAAGGUUUCCUUGCUCUUGCGCAUCAACAAUUUGAGCAUGCAAAACUCACUUGGUACUUUGCAAUUGGAAACAUGGCAGAUUUGGACACUUGGCCUUCAAAAGAAGUAUUAUUGCUUUUUAACAAUGCUGAGGACAAUAUGGAGAGGGGUACAGAGAUAUGGGAAGAGAUGGAGGAGAAGCGCUUGAAGGCUCGCUUAAAACCAAACAAAGAGAAGGUGAUAUUGGAGAAGUUGGGUCUCGGUCAAUUUUUCAAAGAGUUUUCAACUGAUGAAACUGCAGAAAUCUCCUCAAACAUGAGAUCUCAACUGCAUAUUCUCUGGGGUAGAAUUCUUUAUGAGCGGUCAAUUGUGGAAUUUAAACUAAGCCUUCCAACAUGGGAGGAGUGCUUGAUGGCUGCUGUUGAAAAAUUCAAACUUGCAGGGGCCUCUCCAACAGACAUUGCUGUUAUGAUAAAAAACCAUUGUGCCAAUGAGACCACCCAAGAAGGCUUGGGCUUCAAGAUUGAUGAGAUUGUUCAAGCUUGGAAUGAAAUGUAUGAUGCUAAAAGAUGGAUGAGUGCUGUUCCAUCUUUGCGGUUGGAGCCAUUAUUUCGCCGGAGGACUCCUAAAUUGCAUCACUCAUUGGAGCAAUUGGAGCAUGCCUGAUGGCAAUUUGUAGCAGGGUUCAGAAAAUAGCACAUUGGGGUUUUGUUUUUUCUGCUCCAGGGUAUGAAGUGCAUAAUGAUAUAGAGUCUUCAUUGAUGGUCCUUAUUGAAUUACCAACUUGCUCUGCGAGGAAGUGGAAACAAAUCAUACAGUUUUUAUAGAUAUUUUUCUCUGCACUGAGUGGGGGAAUUCAGAUGCAGUAAGAUUAUAUUUAUUUGUUGAUGUAGAGGAUCAUAGAGGCCUCACUUGUUUCCUUUAGAUGGAUUGAAGAAGAUUUGGAUUUCUUCAUUUCCUCUUUUCUUGUAGUUUUAUGUUUCAGUCCUUGGAGUUAAUGUAUUAUGUAUGGAUUGCCCUUUAUUAUUCGGCUCUUCAGUGUGUUUAAGCUUCUAACUUCUCUUUAUUAUAUUUUGUGAAUCAGUUGGAAAACUUAGCAUAAAAUGUGAAUAAAGUAUUGUUUUACUCUUUUGGUUUUUAA